UGUUUUUGUUUUUGAGCCUGGGCUCUUUGCACAGGAAACCGUGUAUACAUUGGGAGCAUUCAGGAAAGGCAGGGAGAAGCUUCCCCGCUAGCUCGAACUUUGGGAGCUUAGAUGGGGGGGAGAAACGGUAUUCCUAAAUUGGGAGAGAAACAGAUGUCAGCUGUUCUCCUCUUCCUCCCAUAACUUCGCCUCCCUCCCUCUUGCAUAGUCUGAACGCUUGAAAAAUCCCUGCCACAUCACUGCCACGAGGCGAUCUCUGAAUUCAGAAGUUUCAGAAAACCUAUUACAAGAAAAAAAAAUAAAACAACUAUAGUGAUGGGAGCUUCUGUCCCGGCUGCAGAACAAUCCAGUGAAGAGAGGAGACUGUGAAAUGAAGGAAAGGAGGAGGAGAUAAAAUGAGCAGAGAGAGAGAGGGAGAGGGAGAGAGAGUGACUGGGGGUGAAAAAACAACAGGAAACCAACCAGUCCUAAUGCUGUUUCUUCAAAUCAGCCCACAUAAUAACGGCCGAGUCCUGUGUCCCGGCAGAGGAGCCGUCUCCCCACGUCUUUCCUACAGCUCAUCUCCGGAGGUGCUGGCAACGUAAAAAAAAGGAGUUGAAGUUUGAAAAAGUGACGUAAGCGCUGCUCUCAGCCACCAACCUCUGGGUCUGUCAGGGUGCGAGCGGAUGCAGGCAUUCGGGAGCUGUGUGCUGGGAUUUCUGUGCGGCUGCCUUUUGACCUGCCAUCUCGACUCUUUUCUUUUUUGAGGUCAUAUGGAUCUACCUUGGUGCUUUCAAGGAACGUUUUGUUUCACCCGUCUGGACUACUAACUGGAGCCCACAUGAAGAAUAAAGGCAACAAGCAGAAGGCCAAAAAGAAAGGAAGCGAGAAUGCGUUCGGCUGUGACCUGACAGAACAUCUCCAAGGUUCAGGACAAGAUGUCCCCCAGGUCCUCCAGAAGUGUGCGGAGUUUAUUGAGAAGUAUGGGAUCGUGGAUGGGAUCUACAGACUUUCAGGGGUCACCUCAAACAUCCAGCGCCUCAGGCAGGAAUUCUGCUCCGAGGCGUGCCCUGACCUUACCAAGGAAGUAUACCUCCAGGACAUCCACUGUGUGGGUUCCUUAUGUAAGCUCUACUUCAGGGAGCUGCCCAAUCCUCUGCUCACAUAUGAGCUCUACAGCAAAUUCACUGAGGCUGUCUCCUUUCACAGAGAUCAGGACAGACUUUUACACAUUCAGACAGUUGUCAGAGAACUUCCGACUCCUCACUUCAGGACUCUGGAGUACCUUUCCAAGCACUUGGCCCGCCUUGCCACGUUAAGCGCCCAGACAAAUAUGCACACACGUAAUCUGGCCUUGGUUUGGGCUCCAAAUCUGUUAAGAUCUAAGGACAUAGAGACCUCAUCUGGUAAUGGAGACAUGGCCUUCCAGGAGGUGCGCAUCCAGCAGUCAGUGAUUGAGUUUAUCUUAAACCACACGGAGCAGAUCUUUAGUGGGGAUCCUGAUCAAGUGAAACCCCAAGAAGGACCAAAUCUGAUGUGUGCGGAAAAAUACGCCACGCUCCCCAUCAGCGGUGGGAGUGGGCCGAUGAAGCUGAUGAGUCUGGAAGAAGCCCAGGCCCGCUCCUUAAGUCCAAACCACCCAGUGCACAAAGAACGUCAGCGAGAGAACAGCCUACCUGAUACUAGCACCGCAUCGCUCUAUCACACUGUCAUAGAAAUAUCAGAUAGCAAGAGAAAGUUCUCUGGAAAAUCCAAGAAGUGGAAGUCUAUCUUUAACCUCGGAAGAUCGGUGGACACAAAGGGAAAACUCAGCCGCAACGGCAGUGUGUUCAUCAGAGCACAGGGGGCACCAGAAAAGGCAGCUUUGCGUCCUUCCAGAAGUAUGGAGUCCCUGUGCUCCUCAUCACCAGAUGAUGAUGGUGCAAGAAACAAUACUUCAACCGAUGGAUCCAAUAGUAUUUAUAUUCCUGAUGUAAAAUCCAGAACACUGGGAUCUGAUUCGCUCUUUGAUCUGAACGAACAAGACCAAAACUGGGAGAUUAAAGCAAAGAAAGGUGGUGCCAUGGCCGGCUGGAGCUCUGGCCUUAACCAAAGAGACUCCCCAGGAGCUUCCUCGUCUUUUCCAAAAACGAUGCCCGAGCAACUCAAGGUGUUCAAAGGGGACGACCACGGCGGCUACAAGCCCAGUUCCCCUAAAAACAGGAGGAUGCUGUACUCGGGCUCCUCCCGGCCCUCGUUUCCAGGCAGCUUCUUCCCACUGGAGUCUUCUCCAAGGCACCAGCGCAGAGCCGUCAACAUAUCGGAGCCCUUUGCGGUGUCGGUGCCCUUACGGGUGUCUGCCGUCAUCAGCUCUAACAGCACACCGUGCAGGGGGCUCGGCAAAGAGAAAGCAGCCACUUUGAAACCUUGCAGGGAGCCUGCAGAGCAGAGCAGCAACUUCAAAAAGAGCAACACAUUCCCUCUGCUGGAACCGAAAAGACAGGAAGGAACAGAAAAGAAGCACACAGAGGUCCUGACCUCCAGAGUGUCACCACGGGAUUCCUGCAAGGAAAGAUUUCAAAAAACUGAAGGAGAAAAAAACAUUUCUAAACUGGAAACGCAGCCUAAUGCACAAAAAAGUGAAGACAAAGAUACAUCGCCAUCUUCUGGGGAGGACAUGCACAAUCUCUCAACAGAUACACAACUUGAUGAAGGACCUGCUCCUGGGAAACAGCUUUGCUCGGACCUCCAACAAGAGCUGACAAUCGCUGAGCCUGAAAUCAACCUGCUGCAUAAGACUUUUAAACCUGAAGUUUUUGCUUCAGCGAGCACCAAGUUAACAAUGGACGUCAAGUCGAAGCGAAGCCGCAGUUCUCCGUCUCUAUCUUUGCUUUGUAAGGAGCCGCCGUCGAAUACCUCUUUGGCUGAACGUGUGACUGCAAAUAGAUCUGACUCGAAAAGAAAACAGCCCUCGGAAUCAGACCUCUUGUUUUGUGUUCACCAAAACUUUGACGUCCAACUUUCAGGCGCAAUAGAUGCCAAAGGGAAGCUGGAACCUGUACACAAAAACGCCCCAGCUUUCACCAAGCAGGGCCAGCUCCCUAGCAGGGAAACCAGGUUAGAGUGUGUUAGAAAUCCUUUAACAAUAGAGGACGCACCACAGGUUGCAAGCUUCUCAGACAGCGCGGACAAAGAACCCGAGAAACAACAGGACACAAAAAUAUCACAGGGCGACGCAAAGAAAUCCCUGAUUCCUGAGGCGGACGCCUUUCAGAGACUCUCGGCGUGUUUAGAGGAGAGACGAAACACACCGGAGCUGGCAAACCUCGACGAUGAAGACGGAUGUGGGAGGAACCUGGAGGAGCUGGAAUUGGUGGAGUCCUGGGAGGAUCUUAGCUCCACCAAGCAGUGGGUUACCAGUCCUCUCCACUCGCCCGACGUGGAGGAGCUGUUCAACCAGCUCUCUCCCUUCGGUUCAAAGGGAGAACCUCCAAACUCGGAGCUUUCGCCGCCUGAAAACCUUCCUCUGAACGUCGCCACUAACCCAGAAACUAAAUGGACCAAUCAGGUGUCGGUGCCCCGACGAACGAGCUUGAACAACAGUAACGCAACCCAGCCUCAAACAGCGAAGAGCGGCACGACGAAACCAAAGACCCCGUCGUCAUCUCAGAGGUUCAGCAGGCAAAUGUCGUUGGAGCCAACAGCGCCGGUGAAGAGAGAGGAGCACGGCUCUUUCAGACACAGACCCUACUCCCUUAACUUGGACCUUGGCCAUCGAUGCAUAAGAGACAUUUCCAAUCAGCAAAAUCGGAACUCGUCUGAUUUUUCCUCUGCUCCAAAAGGCUCACUGGCCGCGCCUGGAACUGUGAAUAAAGGUCACUCGGAGUUGGACCUGUUUCUAAGCGAUCGACAGGCACCUCUGCGCCGAAACUCCGCCCCGGUCAGCGUAUCGUCGGUGCGCACACCCUACAUGAUAAAAACGUGCCAGGUCAAAGCUGUGCCCGUCGUCCCUCCGCAGGUGCAGUACAGCCAGAUACCUCAGACGAGGCUGGAGAGCGAUGCUGGUGCUGCGACGGAGCAAGAAAACGGACUUCUGAAAGCAAGUGCAGACACAAGCCCGGCCGCGCUGCCCCUGAUGAUGUCGGACCUAAAGGAGGAGCUGGAGAACAAGGAGCCAGCUCCUAAACACCAAAAGCAUCCGAAUGUUCAAAAGUCCGCUGAGACGGGGAAGACCCCAGCUCCAGAACUGCCGGUCAUAACCAGGAGGCAUGCCCCGAGUCUGGAAGUGUUUGUUGAUGGUCCCAGACCCAACAGAGGGGCUCUGUUACAAAGACCGUCCUUUAGAAACCGGCAGAGACCCCAGAGCCUCAUCCUUCUCAGCCCCCCUUUCCCGUUCAUGGACUAUCCGACAUCCGGGGACGACGGCAAGCUGCUAUCGUCCAUCAAGAGUCUGAACGACACGUCAGCCCUGAGUGUCUUUUCCAAAGAGAUGACCGAGAGCUUCAGGACGCAAGAGGGACACGCUCUGCAGAACAAAAUGACUAUUCCCAAAAGUGGACAGAGACUGGAAACGUCCACCAGCUGCUUCUACCAGCCGCAGAGGAGGUCCAUGAUAUUCGACAGCAGGAGUCACAGACAGAUCGAGUGACUGCAAGUGGGACCGCAUGUAAAUAGAUGCAUAAAAAGCAUUUGAAACAAAGAAGAUUAUGAGAAUAAUCUGUGGGAUUUAGUGUUCGGUCAGUGAUAAAUUCCUUAAAACGUGAAGAUAAAUCAAUCAAAGAAUCAAAAGGAGGAAGCCAUAGAUUAAUGUUUUUAUUCAAUCUCAAUUAAUCCCGGUUGUUAUUUUUUAGGUAAUCUUUUUAGUGGUCUGGAUGUACUAAUGCGCAAGCCAACAUUGUGUCCUCAGGGUUGUGGUAGAAGCAGGGAAAAGUGGGCGAACAUAAGCGAGUUUGAAACGGGACAAAUGGUGGUGGUUAGAAGACUGCGGCUCUUGUGGGGGCGUUCCCCGUCUGCAGAGGUCAGAAGCUAUCACAAGUGGGAGAGAAAGGGUCCAAAGGAAGGAGCGGAGGUGAACCAGCAACAGGGUCAUAGGAGGCCAAGGCUCACUGAUGUGCACAGGGAGCAAAGCGUGUCCCGGGCUGACUUACAGGCUGCUGUAAAUUAAACUGCUGUAGAUGUUAGUGCUGGUUCAUCAGAGGAAGUUGAAAAGAGGGCUACAUGGGGGUCAUAAAGUUCUGCCUGAUCUGUUAGGUUGAAACGUGUGUACAGUUUGCAUCUUAGUGGAUGGUUCAAAACAUUUUCAAAAACCCAUCUACUUAAUAACGAAUCAUAUGCAAGAAAGCAUUUGUUGUGACUGCUGGCUUAAGUGAAGUAAACGCUAAAGAGAUAGGUUUUUAUUCCUUCAAUAAAGCAAUAACUUCAUGGCAAGAUGACCCAUUACCCAUUAUUGGACACAUGCAUGGACAUAUGGAGGGUACAACUCAGGCUGCGUCCUCAGAUUUGCACAUGUUAAAUACAAUGAGUUCAGAACCAAAAAGCCACUCAUCAGACUGACUGAACUCAAUCACACAUUGUGUUUAUGCAAAGGUUAGAAAACUGUUCUUAAGCUCACCCACUUUCUUUCCCAAAACCCAUUUAUCAACUCACAUAAAGCGAUGAUCAUUUAGAUAGGGAGAUUCACCUCUGCAGUACUUGGGAAAUAAAACGCUUAACUUGUCAGAUCACAGGGACUUUUGCAAGUCACAGCAGAAACACCAGGUGGAGCCAGAUGGAUCCGAUUUAAACCUGCAUCUUGUAUUACAGCCAUGAAUCCAAAAAAGGUAAAAAAAAAACAAAACAAAAAAAAAACAACUGGACUUCUGUUCUGAAGACGUUUUGCUUCUCAUUCAGGAAGCUUUCUCAAUUCAAGAUAUCUUGGAGUGGAGUUCCAAGCUUUAUAGACCUGAAGUUGUUUGGUUGGUCCGAUAUGAACAUCAGAACAUUCCUCACUGCGCUGAAGCAAAAUCGUCUUCAGCUUCAGAAUAGAAGUGUAGUUGUUUUAUUUUCUUAACCUUUUCUUGGAUUGAUCAUGACCUGGAUGACUGGGAAUCUUCACCAACAUACAGAAAAAAAUUCAACUAAUAAGAAAACGUGUUCCUAUUCAAUUUACCGGGUUUUGCUUUAGCGCAACGCUCACAGGCCUGUAGAAUGUUUUGAGAGAAAUAAAUUAU